GGCUGGGAUGACCGCGGAGACGCGCAGCAGGUGUAGGCCGCGUCGGCAGCGCGCGGUACCGCGAGCGGUCGGGUCGGGCGGUCAGGGAGCGCCGGCUGGCCCUGGGGAGGCCAGGCAGGGCUAAAUAGCCCCCUGGAGGUGUCAUCAGUCGAUCGGACACCUCAGUUCAGAGCAGCGGGUGGUCGUCAUGCCCCGAACGAGCUUUCAUCCUCGCCCUUCGCUCACAGCAGAGGUGGUAACGGGCUACGACAUGGACAACAUGACCAACAGCACGGCGGCGCCUCUACCGGAGGAUCGGGCCGACAUGAGCUGGGACGACGCCACCUGGAUCAUGACGGCCUCCUUCAUCAUCUUCACCAUGCAGUCAGGGUUUGGCCUGCUCGAGUCCGGCUGCGUCUCGCUCAAGAACGAGGUAAACAUCAUGGUGAAGAACGCGGUGGACGUGAUCCUGGGCGGCCUCUCCUACUGGGUGUUCGGCUACGGGCUCAGCUUCGGCACCGCCUACUCCAACAUCUUCUUCGCCGCCGGCGACUUCGCCGUCUCAGCUCCGGAACAAGACAUGGGACCACUGUUCGCGACAUACAUUUUCCAACUGUCUUUUGCUACGACAGCGACGACCAUCGUUUCCGGUGCCAUCGCGGAGAGGUUCAAUUUCAUGGCCUACUGCAUGUUCUCGUUCAUCAACACGGUGGUGUACUGCAUCCCGGCCGGCUGGCUGUGGGGAGAGCACGGCUUCCUCUACAAGAUGGGCGCCAUCGACAUCGCCGGCUCGGCCGGGGUGCACCUGGUGGGCGGCGUCUCAGGUCUGGUGGCAUGCAUCAUGGUGGGUCCGCGGCUGGGCCGAUACGACCACGGGCACGAGCCGUUCCCUAUGGGCAGCCCAACCAACGCCAUGCUCGGCAUGUUCAUGCUCUGGUGGGGUUGGCUGGGCUUCAACUGCGGCAGCACGUUCGGCGUGCGCGGCCACAAGUGGAAGUACGCCGCCCGCUCUGCCGUCACCACCAUCAACGCUUCACUGGGCGGCGGUCUGUUUGGCUGUGCCUUCAGCCUCAUCACCACCAAGAAGCUGAUGAUCGGCGACCUCAUCAACAGCGUGCUCGGAGGCCUGGUGGCCGUCACAGCGGGCUGCGCGCUGUACCACACCUGGGAGGCGGUGGUGGUCGGCAUCGUGGGCGGCAUGCUGGCCGUCGUCACUAUGCCGCUGGUGGACCGGCUGAAGAUUGACGACCCGGUGGGCGCCGUCUCGGUGCACGGCGUCGGCGGCCUCUGGGGAGUGCUCGCAAUCGGCCUGUUCGUCGACGCCGACAGCCUCGAGAAGAUCACCAACGGACGCGCCGGACUCUUCAAAGGCGGUGGGUGGCACCUGCUCGGUGUCCAGACACUAUGCUGCGUCUGCAUCAUCAUCUGGUCGGCGGUCGUCACGUUCAUCCUGCUCUUCCUCAUCAACAAGGUGAAGCCGAUCCGGAUGAGCGCGCACGAGGAGCUGCUGGGCGCCGAUCUGGUGGAGCACGGUAUCCGGCACCAGGGCCUGGGCCUGUCGCGCACCGUGUCGGCGCUGCGCCGCCACUCGCAGAUCGACCCCAAGCUGGUCACCGAGCUGCCGCCAGAGGUCGGCUCCAACCUCGGUCACAUGUCAAUGCUGAAGAAGCUGCGCCAGCGGCUGUCGCAGAGCCAGCGGUCGGUGGUUGAGGUGACGCCCAUUACGCCGGCACCCCGCAGCGCGUACGGAGCUCGAGACAGUUCGGCAGGUUUGCCAACGAAGGAGCUGAUCAACGAAACAUCGCCGAAAGCUUCGAAAGAGCGGCCUAAGAAGAGCAGUGCAGUCGCUUGGAUCAACUUUGACGAACACUUGGAUGGCAUGCAACCAUAGUUUUAAAGACAGCUGCAAUCAAAUGUGGAAUGUAAUAAAUGUGGUGAUCCAACGCUUUUAACAUGUCCAUUGUCCGUGUGUCUCUGUCAGUCUGACUCUCUGUCUCUCUCCCUGUCUCCUUGUCUGUCUUGUCUGUCUGUCUGUCUGUCUGUCUGUCUGUCUGUCUGUCUGUCUGUCUGUCUGUCUGUCUGUCUGUCUGUCUGUCUGUCUGUCUGUCUGUCUGUCUGUCUGUCUGUCUGUCUGUCUGUCUCUCUCUCUCUCUCUUUCCCUCUCUCUCCCUCUCUCUCUCUCUCUCUCUCUCUCUCUCUCUCUCUCUCUCUCUCUCUCUCUUUUCCAUUCCCUGUAAUUUGUUUCAUUUAUAGGGACUGAGAAUAUAUGAACCGUACAAUUGUGCGCACAAUGGCGAAACAUUAUGUAACGUAACAGGCGAUCAGCUUCGUUGGUGAAUGACCUCAAGUUCAACAGCCCGUAUCUCAAGCUAGACAAUUGUUAUCAUUUAUUGCCCGUUUGUCAUCUGGUUGUGAAUCAACAAUGUCUGUAAUGGCACGUCGGAUCCAGGUCUGUCUCAGAAGUCCAGAAGCAUUGAGCUGGAGUUGCACCUUUAGACUUAAGGAGUCACCUUAGGUUUAGAUGUUGCAAGAUUAUAUUUGCAUGUUUAGGUGCGUACUGCGUACCUAUUACAUGAGUUGCAAUAGAUAGGACUGAGUAUGGAUUGUAUAAUGUGCGCUGUGCAGGUGUGGUAUGCAGGCUGUUUACUGCAUUUCCUUCAUUGUACAUACCGUCACACUCACACCAUAUUGCUGUCAGUGUGUACUCAGUGUCGUCAACCCGUCAUUGGACAAAUGAUGAAGGUGACGACAACACGAUACACACUGUCGACAUAUCGGCCACUAUUUUUUUUUUUUUCAGUGAAGAUCUUUCAAUAAUUUAUUGGUUUUGAUAUGAUGAGAUGCAUUCAAGGAGUUGGCUAACAAGUGACAUGUCGUAUGAUAUUUGCUUUAUUUUGAUUUUCGAUAAAUAAAGCCAUUAAGUACCUACCUAACCCCAGUUUGAAUAUCGUGUCCAAUUUACUAGCGGUCUCUUAUGCUGGAC